AAGCCUUCUUUUGAUUCUCUAAUCUCCGAUCAAAACCCUUGCAUUUCCGAUUUCCGAUCAAAACCCUAGCUUCAUCCAAUGCUUGCUCUCUGAUAUAAUCCGCCGGAACCCUAGCAUUUGGUUAUUUAACGAGUCCCUAUGGAGGAUAGCAGCGGCAGCAGCGUCGGCAACAACGUUGCCCGCGCCAUUGUCGCCGCCUUCGAUUGGAGCUCCCCAGCUGACGCCCGGAAUGCCGCUGUUGCUUACUUGGAUUCCUUUAAAAGCGGAGAUAUUCGUGUUCUGGCAAGCACGUCUUUUCAUUUAGUCAGGAAGGAAUGGUCGUCUGAGAUACGGCUGCAUGGUUUCAAAAUGCUGCAGCAUUUGGUUCGGUUCAGGUGGGAUGAACUUGUCAUUAAAGAACGUACUGAAUUUGCUAAUGCAACAGUUAACAUGAUUUUAGAGAUGGCAAGCCCUGGUGAGGAAUGGGUACUGAAGAGCCAAACUGCUGCUCUUGUGGCUGAGGUGGUUAGGAGGGAAGGGGUAAGUUUAUGGCUUGAACUUCUACCGUCUUUGGUUUCUCUAUCAAACAAAGGUCCGAUUGAGGCUGAGCUGGUUGCAAUGACGCUGAGAUGGCUUCCAGAAGAUAUUACAGUUCACAAUGAAGAUUUAGAAGGUGAUCGACGGAGAGUGUUAUUGCGUGGUCUUACUGAGUCUCUAACAGACAUUUUGCCUUUGUUGUACUCUCUACUUGAAAAGCACUUUGGAGCCGCAUUGAGUGAAUCUGGAAUGAAUCAUUUUGACAUUGCAAAACAGCAUGCUGCUACGGUGAUAGCUGCUCUAAAUGCUAUCCAUGCAUAUGCUGAAUGGGCUCCUGUGCCCGAUCUUGCGAAAUGUGGUAUUAUUCAUGGAUGUGGGUUUUUACUGUCUUCUCUUGAUUUUCGCCUCCAUGCUUGUGAAUUCUUUAAGCUUGUUGCACAAAGGAAAAGACCAACUGAUGCUGCAACGCCAGAUUUUGAUUCUGCAAUGAAAAACAUCUUUCAAAUCUUGAUCAAUAUAUCAAGGGAAUUUUUAAGCAGAUUUGGCUCCAGCAGUUCUGUCAUUGAUGAAAAUGACUUUGAGUUUAUGGAAUGCUUAUGUGAGACUAUGGUGGCUUUGGGUUCUUCUCACUUGCAAUCAAUUACUACGGAUGGAUCUAUGAUUGGUUUGUUUCUUCAGCAGAUGCUGGGAUAUUUUCAACAUUUUAAGUUUGCACUCCACUUCCAAUCUUUGCUUUUUUGGCUGGUUCUAAUGAGAGAAUCAGCACCCAAGGCAAAGGCUGCUGCACAGAAUGCUGGGAACAAUUCCCCUGUUAGCAAUCAAGAAUUUGGUUUUGCACAACUUGAAAAUGAGAAAAAAGGGGUCUCAUCUUAUAUUGAUGAUGGCUCUUGUUCUGCUAUUUUGGAUGUAUCUUUCCAGCGGAUGCUUAAGAAAAAUGUCACAUCUGGAACUGUUGCAUCUGAUGAAACACUUGAGCUGUGGAAUGAUGAGUUUGAUGGGAAGAGUGACUUCAGUCAAUAUCGUUCUAGACUGCUGGAUCUUAUAAGACUUGUUGCUUCUCAAAAACCUGUAGUUGCAGUCACAAGGGUCUCUCAGAGAAUCAAUACAGUUGUAGUGAGUCGUGUCCAUUCAUCAGUGCCAACCCAGGAUGUAGCUCUAAUGGAAAGCAUGCAGCUAGGUCUUGAGACGGUGGUUAGUGCAAUUUUUGACAGUUCAGCUGUAUUUGUUACAUGCUCAUCUGAAACUAAAUUCCAAUUGCAAAGAAUUCUAGAAGGUUUGCUUCAGCAACUCCUUUCUGUGAAGUGGACUGAACCAGCACUUGCUGUUGUACUUGCUCGCUAUCUGGAUUCAUUUGGUUCAUAUUUGAAACAUUUCCCAGAUGUGGUUGUUGGUGUAGUAAAUAAACUAUUUGAACUUUUGACAUCAUUACCAUUCCAGGAUCCUUCAAAUACCGCGCGUUUUGCUAGAUUACAAAUUUGUUCAUCGUUCAUUAGGAUUGCUAAAUCUGCUGAAGAAAGCCUUGUACCUCAAAUGAAGGGUAUUGCUGACUCAAUGGCCUAUCUUGAAGGAGAGGGCCGUCUGCUGCGAAGUGAGCAUAAUAUUCUAGGUGAAGCAGUUCUUAUCAUGGCCUCUUUUGCUGGGAGUCAGCAACAACAAGAAGUACUAGCUUGGUUACUAGAACCUUUAAGCAAACAAUGGAUGCUGUUAGAUUGGCAAAAUGCUUACUUGUCCAAUCCAUUGGGUCUGACGCAAUUAUGUACCAACACCCAAUUUAUGUGGUCAAUUUUCCAUACUGUAACCUUUUUUGAGAAGGCACUCAAACGGAGUGGAGUUAAGAAGUCCAGCUUGCAUCUGCAAAAUAGCCCAACAAACAAUAAUUCAACUCAUUCUCAUCCUUUGUCUUCCCAUUUAACAUGGAUGCUGCCUCCUCUCUUUAGGUUACUUCGAUCUAUACAUUCUCUCUGGUCUCAGCCAAUAGACCAAGCUUUAGCAGGCGAAAUAAGAGCUGCAAAGGGUAUGAGCCAUGUGGAACAAGCAAGUCUUUUGGGAGAAGGCAAUUUUAAACAGCUGAAAGAUCAACCAGGAUUUGUUGAUGGGAUUGAAUCAACCAAUGAAGUUGAGACAAAAGAAAAUAACAUACGAAACUGGUUAAAGGGUAUCCGGGACAGUGGGUAUAAUGUGAUAGGCCUGGCAACAACGAUUGGUGAUGCAUUUUUCCGUUGCAUUGAUAGCCCUUCGGUCACAUUAGCUCUUAUGGAAAAUAUCCAGUCCAUGGAGUUUAGACAUAUUCGCCAACUUAUUCACUCAGUUCUUAUUCCUCUGGUCAAGUCCUGCCCUGUGGAUUUAUGGAGCUCAUGGCUAGAAAACCUCUUGCAGCCAUUGUUUCUCCAUUGCCAUCAAGUUCUCACUUGCUCUUGGUCUGGUCUUAUACAUGAGAGCAGAGCCAAGAUCCCUGAUAGUUUUGGUAAUCUCUCUGGUCUUGAGCUGAAGGUGGAGGUGAUGGAAGAAAAGUUGCUUCGUGAUUUGACUAGGGAAGUAUGCUUUCUUCUCUCAGUUUUAGCUUCACCUGGUCUCAAUAGUGCCCUUCCCUCUCUGGAACAACUUGGAAAUGCCAAUCGGAUGGAAGCGUCUCUCGGUGACUUGGAUUCGUUUGCCUCAAACUCUAUGAUUGGCUUUGUUAUGAAGCAUAAAAGUCUUGCAGUUCCUGCAUUAAGGAUAUGCAUUGAAGCAUUUGCUUGGACAGAUGGGGAAGCCAUGGCUAAAGUCACAUACUUUUGUGGAGCUCUAAUUCUUCUUGCUGUUUCAUCAAAUGAUGUGGAACUCAGGGAGUUUGUUGCUAAAGAUUUGUUCUGUGCAAUCAUUCAAGGUCUGGCUCUGGAGUCAAAUGCUAUUAUUAGUACAGAUCUUGUUGGUCUUUGCCGUGAAAUAUUCGUCUAUCUGUCAGACCGGGAUGCUGCUCCAAGACAGGUUCUAUUGUCUCUUCCGUGCAUUACUCGUGAUGAUUUGGUUGCUUUUGAGGAUGCCCUAACAAAAACAUCUAGCCCUAAGGAACAGAAACAGCAUAUGAGAAGCUUGCUUAUGUUGGCAACUGGGAACAAGUUGAAAGCUCUGGCUGCUCAAAAACCCACAAACACUAUAACCAAUGUAACAGCGAGAAAUCGAACUUCAGCCAGAACUCCUGCUCAAGGCAUACAAGACGAUGGUGUGAUCGGAUUGGCUGCUAUAACUUAAACAACAUGGUUCGAUCACAAUGCGUGUACAUAGACAUGAAUACAAAUUCAAGAGAACCUAGAACUUUGCUGCAGGUCCAUUUGUACCAGACUCAGCAAUCACCGGGAAUCAUCGUUACCAUAGCUUAACAUUCAUGCAACUUAUAAUUCCACAUAGAAACUUCAAACUUGGAUAAUUAGCACCCUUUGACAGUUCUUGCAUAAUCUAUAAUGUUAUGUUUAUAACUUUAUAUU